AUGCCUCCCAAGAAGAAGCCAGUAGGCCCGAAUGUUGGUGCCGCGGCGGGCAAUCCUACAGCUUCUUCAAGUACUCGUAGACGAUCAACAGGGACCGCUGCCGCCGCAAAGUCCACGGACGAUCCGCAUGACCCCGAAAAUCGCAAUAAGAGUCAUUCCACGAACACUCAAAAGGGCAAACGGUCUGAUGACUUUGAAGCUCUCCUAGAACCAUUCUACUACGAUAAACACCUGACAGAUCCUAUCAAUACUGAACGAGAUAAAUGGAAUCUUUUACCAGCAUUUCUCAAAGUCAAGGGCCUCGUUAAACAACACAUCGAUUCAUAUAACUAUUUUGUGGAGGUGCAACUGAAAAAGAUUGUACAAUCCAGCGCCGAGAUUCGUAGUGAUAUCGACCCGAAAUUUUAUAUUAGGUUUCAUGACAUCUACCUGGGGACCCCCCGACGAGCCGAUGAAGAACAGUCAGAUGCCAAGGUUGAAUCCACGAUAACACCGAACGAAUGUCGACUUCGAGACAUGACCUAUGCAGCGCCGAUUCUGGUUGAUUUCGAAUAUGUCAGAGGCCGUCAACGAGUCAAGCGGAAUGGUACUGCCAUUGGGCGCAUGCCUGUCAUGCUCCGGAGCUCAAAAUGUGUGCUUUCAAAUAAAUCAUCACGGGAGAUGUACACAUUGCAUGAAUGUCCACUCGAUCCGGGCGGAUACUUUAUUGUCAACGGGACGGAGAAAGUUAUUUUGGUACAAGAGCAGUUGAGCAAAAACAGAGUUAUCGUUGAGACUGAUCCGAAGAAGGAGAUAGUACAGGCUUCUGUGACGAGUUCUUCACAUGAGCGAAAAUCGAAAAGUUAUAUCAUCAUGAAGAAAGGACGCAUCUACCUCCGACACAAUGUUCUCAACGAUGAUAUUCCGAUCGUCAUCCUUUUGAAGGCAAUGGGAAUACAGUCUGAUAAGGAAAUGUUGCUGUUAGUUGCUGGAGUUGAUAUGGAAUACCAAGAAGACUUUGCCAUCAACUUCGAGGAAGCUGUAAAAUUGGGAAUAUCUACGCAACAACAGGCUCUCGAAUACCUGGGAGCACGCAUAAAGAUUAACCGGAAGGGCUCCGGAUUUGGUCCCGCUCGUCGAAACUAUGUUCCAGAAGCCAUUGAGGCCAUAUCGUCCGUUAUAAUUUCUCAUGUUCAAGUGCAGGAUAUGAACUUCCGGCCAAAAGCAUUAUACGUCACCCACAUGGCUCGACGUGUGUUAAUGGCAAAGCUCGACCCGAGCUUGGUUGACGACCGUGAUUACGUUGGUAAUAAACGCCUGGAGUUAGCUGGUCAGCUCCUAGCGUUGUUGUUUGAAGAUCUGUUCAAAAAGUUCUGCUUUGAUAUCAAAAUGAAUAUAGAUAAGGUUCUGAAGAAGCCAGUACGGACGGAGGCCUUUGAUGCGUACGGUGUGGUUGCUAUUCAUGGCAACCAUAUCACACAAGGCAUGAACCGUGCCAUUGCGACAGGAAACUGGAGCUUGAAACGUUUCCGAAUGGAGAGGGCGGGUGUUACACAUGUUCUAAGCAGACUUAGCUAUAUUGCAGCACUCGGUAUGAUGACGCGAAUAAGCAGUCAGUUCGAAAAGACUCGUAAAGUCUCUGGCCCCCGUGCGCUUCAGCCAUCGCAGUUUGGUAUGCUUUGCACAUCAGAUACCCCUGAAGGUGAAGCGUGCGGUCUGGUGAAGAAUCUUGCGCUCAUGACACAUAUCACAACCAACGACGAGGAAGAGCCAGUACAGAAACUUGUGUUCACUCUGGGGGCUGAGGAUAUACAAACAGUCGGGGGCAGGGAGUGCUACGGUCAGGGAGCUUAUAUCGUAUUCAUGAACGGAUCCCCUAUUGCGCUAACACGUCGACCCAAAUAUUUCCUUAAUGCCUUCCGACGUUUGCGACGAAUGGGCAGGAUCUCGGAAUUCGUCAGUGUGUUCAUCAACCAUAACCAAAAAUCUGUGCACGUUUCUACUGAUGAUGGUCGUAUAUGUCGUCCAUUGAUCAUUGUCGAGAAGAAGCGAUCCAGGGUCACUGCACGACAUCUAAGUUCCUUGCGCAGCGGCACGAUGGAUUUCGAUGACUUCCUAUCGAAUGGCUUAGUGGAAUAUGUCGAUGUCAACGAAGAAAACGAUGCAAAUAUUGCGGUAUAUGAAAGAGAAAUUGAUGCAAACACGACCCAUCUGGAGAUUGAACCAUUUACAGUCCUAGGAGCAGUUGCAGGCCUUAUUCCUUACCCUCACCACAACCAAUCCCCUCGAAACACCUACCAAUGCGCUAUGGGUAAACAAGCCAUAGGUGCAAUCGCCAAUAACCAGUUCCUCCGCAUCGAUUCCCUGCUGUAUGCCAUGGUCUACCCUCAAAAGCCAAUGGUCAAAACUCGAACAAUCGAGUUGACUAACUAUGACAAGCUCCCAGCAGGCCAAAACGCCAUGGUAGCUGUGAUGAGUUAUUCUGGGUACGAUAUUGAGGAUGCUCUCGUGCUUAAUAAAGGAUCUGUUGACCGUGGGUUCGGUCGAUGUCAAGUCUUCAGAAAAUAUUCAGCAAAUCUCAAAAGUUAUUCAAACGGGACCAAGGAUAGGCUAGUUGGACCCACCAGAGAAGACGGAGUAUCGAUAAGAAAACAUGGUCUUCUCGACAAUGACGGUCUGGCGGCCGUUGGAGAGAAAGUCAGUCCCGGAGAAGUAUAUAUAAACAAGGAGACCCCAGACAACGCACUUUCGUCUGGAAUCACCGGCUCCGAUGCAGGCUUACCUGUAAAAUACAACCCGACCCCCCAGACUUACAAGCUACCCGAUUAUAGCUAUAUCGACAAAGUGAUGAUCUCCACCACAGAAGGUGAGAGCCAGCUGAUCAAGGUUCAAACUCGACAAACUCGGCGACCAGAAGUUGGUGACAAGUUUUCGUCUCGCCACGGACAGAAAGGUGUUGUUGGGAUCAUUGCAGAGCAGGCCGAUAUGCCCUUUACAGACUCUGGCCUAGUUCCUGACAUUAUCAUGAACCCUCACGGUUUCCCGUCUCGUAUGACAGUUGGUAAGAUGUUGGAACUCGUUGCAGGAAAAGCCGGUAUUAUCUCUGGUCAAUUUGGCUAUGGAACGCCCUUUGGUGGAAGCCCAGUUGAAGAGAUGUCUGCUAUCCUCGUGGACCAUGGUUUCAGUUAUGGUGGAAAGGACUACUUGACGUCCGGCAUCACGGGUGAACCACUCACAUACUACGUCUUCACUGGGCCAAUUUAUUAUCAAAAACUUAAGCACAUGGUGCAAGAUAAAAUGCAUUCGCGUGCUCGCGGACCUCGCGCGAUGCUUACUCGUCAACCCACCGAGGGUCGCUCUCGCGACGGUGGUUUACGUCUAGGAGAGAUGGAGCGCGAUUGUCUCAUUGCAUACGGUACGAGUCAGCUACUACUUGAGCGGCUGAUGAUAUCGUCUGAUCGCCACGAAGUGGAUGUAUGUGAGAGUUGCGGGUUCAUGGGUUACUCAGGCUGGUGCCAGCGCUGCAAGUCGUCGACCGGGGUAGUUAAGAUGGUGAUACCAUAUGCCGCUAAACUGCUUGUUCAAGAGCUCUUCAGCAUGAACGUCGUGGCUCGAUUGAAGUUGCAAGACGAGUUCCCCGAAGACCGAGGGAUGUAA